GACAGUUCUUCCCUCAAUAUCUGCUGCAGACGAAUACCAAAAAUGCACCGCUCGCGACCGGAAUUAGGGAAUACACACCGGAUGCUGGAUUUCGGUAUUGUUAUUUUCGCAGUGGUGACCUCCCUUUAAAUUUAAGACCUCUAAACAUCGCUGGGGUUAAUGAUUUUAACAAAAACGGCUUUUUAAAUAUAUAUUUUUAUUAAUUUAUGAGGAUAAUAAUAAAAAUAAGGUGCAGAAUUGAACGAAUAAAAUAAAUUCGAGACUAAUCUUAUUCGAUUAAUUGCGUCGGGAUUUAGGCAAUACAUUUUAGACGGGUUAUAUUUCUGAACAUUAUGUUUGGAAAAAGUGAACGCGAAAUUUAGUAUAGCAGUCUUUGGUAUUUGGCUUAUUCCCGUAAAGGCGUUAGGCCGGGAAACAGGAAAACAGGAAGAAAAACAAAAAAUCGCAUUUUGCGUUGAACAACAUAUAAUACAAUAACAUAGAGUACGAUUCGCUACACAAUAAUCACUGCCAUGACGUAUUAUUUCUUGAGGAAUGCAUCUACGUGUCAUGUAGCGUUUGUCGAAGUGCCUAUGUUGCUCCAGCGGUCUUUGAUUUUCCAUCGCGAAAAUAGAUGACAGCAGGAAUUAUUUUACUUGAUAGCCUAUAAGGAAUUAUUUGACUUGAUAGCCUAUAAGGAAAUAUACGAAUUAAGAGCAACAGAAGAUGGAUACAUGGCAAGCAGUGUGUGUCGUCAUGAUGUGGGUCCCCAGGCUCCCAUGAACAGCGCUUGUGCCUUUGAUGGACGAAACCAUUUGUUAGCUGCUGGCAUGGAUGAUGAAUGCCAUCUGUUCUCAAUAAAAUAUAAAGUCAUUAGCCCUUCUAAGAAAGACCAAAAGACAACAAUAGACUCUUUAAAAAGAAGAAAUCAACCUGAUGAUAAAAGUGAGACACAACCUAAUGGAACAGACACAAACACUGAGUCGGAUAGUGCCAAGCAUAUCUCGUUUGAAGUUCUUAAUUUACGGACAGUAACAACAGAUUUUUUAAAAGGCGGAGGUUUUCAGAAGUGUGUUCAGUUUAGUCCUGAUAGAAGCAUUCUGGCCACAGGAGGCGGGGAUGGACAUCUCAGGGUGUGGAAGGUCGACGAUUUUACAAAACUUCACGACAUUGAAGCUCAUAAAACAGAAAUAGAUGACAUAGCAUUUUGUCCAAAGGGUAAAAGGAUAGUCACAGUAUCACGUGGCAACACGUUCUCUGUGUGGAACACUGCUGAUGGCAAGAGGCACAUGGAUGUGGAAUGGCCAGGCAAGGCAGGCAUGCAUAGGUUCAGGGCCUGCAGAUUUGGUGUGCGAGAUGGGAGCUUAGAGAAGGGACACAACCUGUACACCAUUAACAUUCCUGUGCAGCGUAGCAGCAAACCAGACCCGUGCUUCCUGGCCCAGUGGGAUGGCGAGACGUUCAAGCCACGUCUUAUCAUGAACGCUGGAACUGAGGUCCUCUCAGCCAUGGCCGUCAGUCCAGAUGGUGUGUAUGUUGGAGUUGGGAUGAUGUCAGGCAGUGUGGCAGUGUACAUCUCAUUCAGUCUCCAGAAAUUGUACUACGUGAAGGAGGCCCACAACAUCUUCGUGACAGGGUUGUCGUUCCUGCCGGUGUCGGAGAGCGUGGCUGCUGUCAGUGACGCCCAGGACUUCAGCCUGCUCAGCAUCUCCGCUGACAACACUGUACGCCUGCACCAGGAGCCUACCAGAGCUUCCUACAGUGCAGUUGUUCUCAUAGUGGGGUUGCUGUUCAUGAUAGCUGCAUUCUUCUGGAUAUUGGCUCACACGGGGUUAUGACCUCUGGGAAUUCAUGAUAGACCUUUUCUUUAUAUGAUGUCCAAGAAAUAUGCAUGGCAAGUAGCACAGUGCUUUCUGAUAAGAUGCAAAAAUUGUAUUGCUUCAAAAUUUCUGAAGAAAGAUGUAAAUGAGAUUGUGAUUAGUUGUCAUUUUAGUGAGAAUUUAGAAUUGAAAAGAUGGUUAUUGAUUGUUAAUAAUUGGAAUUUUGUAAAUAAUUUUUGAUUGGUUGUUAUUGAACAUGAUAUACCGGUAUCUGUACAGAUAUAAGUGGGGUUAGUUUUUCUGAAAAUAUUUUUUUCUUCACAAUAUGAUGUUAGCAACGCUAAUGCAAUUAUCGAUACAUAAACCGGUAUUUGGGGUCUGUAAUAUGUUUUUGUUCUAUGUUUUCAAUUUUGUGGAAUGUGAAUCAACACUCAGUUUUCUGAGCCAACAAAGUUUGUUUCUGCCUAAAAUUAUAAGGACUAAUGCAAAUAUCAUACUCUUAUUAAGUAGAAACUGUUCUCUACAAGCCAUGCGAAAGACUUUCCUCCAACAUAUCUGAUAAAAUUUGCUGAGGUCCAAUAAUAUCUCCAAAACUGUCGGACACGAGAAAUUGACGGACCUUGUGUCCGACAAUAAAAAACAAUAUGUAAAACUUUGGUUUAAAAUGAACACAACACUAGGAAUAUGUAAUUAAAUAACUGUUUCACGUUUCUUUUACUUCGAUAAAUUUUUUAACUUUAAAAUAAAAUGAAUUCGAACGGCAAUCUUUGCUAGUACAUAACAAACUCCAAGCGCAAUUCUAAAAUUACAGCUGCCGCU